AUGGAAGCGAUCAAAGAAACGUUUGCCAAGUGCAAAGAGCAGCGACGGGCGGCCCUAGUGGCUUAUAUCACCGCCGGAUACCCAUCCGUGGAAGAGGCCGUAGACAUUCUUCUCGGUCUGGAAAAUGGUGGUGCUGACAUUAUCGAGCUUGGAAUCCCUUUCACAGACCCCAUUGCCGACGGUCCGACCAUUCAAACCGCUAACACCCAAGCUCUUCUCAAUGGUGUCACACUCACAACAGUUCUCGACUUUGUUCGUAAAGCCCGUAGCCGUGGCCUGAAGACCCCCCUUCUUUUGAUGGGCUAUUACAACCCUGUUCUGCGGUAUGGAGAGGAGCGCUUGCUGAAGGACUGCAAGGAAGCCGGUGUCAAUGGCUUCAUUAUGGUCGAUCUACCCCCAGAAGAGGCUGUACGCUUCCGUGAUCUUUGCGCCAGCACUGGUCUCUCCUACAUUCCCCUCAUUGCGCCAGCCACCUCUGAUGCGCGCAUGAAGCUGCUCUGCAAGAUCGCCGAUUCUUUUAUUUACGUCGUCUCCCGCAUGGGUGUGACCGGUGCCACCGGAUCGUUGAGCGCCAAUAUUCCUGAACUUUUGAAGCGUGUCCACGAAUACUCUGGCAAUGUCCCAGCUGCGCUCGGAUUCGGUGUCAGCACUCGUGAGCACUUCCUGUCAGUCCAGGAUACCGCCGAGGGCGUUGUCAUUGGCUCUCAAAUCAUCACUGUAGUCGGCCAGGCUGCUGCUGGCCAGGCUGCCAAGGCUGCUGAGGAGUAUCUGUCUAGCGUCACUGGCCGCAAGCGCCAGCGUGAUGCCGAGGGUACUUUGACUCAUGAGGUCAACGUGCUCGAGGCCGUUCAGAAGGCUCUGCCAUCUGCCGAAGCCCAGCCCACCAAGGUGAUCACUGAGGCUGAUACUCCCGCCGGUCCUGGUCUGGCUGAUCAACUUGAGGCCCUCAACAUUACCAAAGAUACCUCUGCCUCGCCCUCACGCUUUGGCGAGUUCGGUGGUCAGUAUGUUCCUGAAUCACUCAUGGACUGUUUGGCUCAGCUCGAGAAAGGCUUUGAAGAGGCAAAUAAUGACCCUAAGUUCUGGGAAGAGUUCCGCUCAUACUACCCCUACAUGGGCCGUCCCAGUAGCCUCCAUUUGGCAAACCGCCUGACCGAACACGUUGGUGGCGCUAAUAUCUGGUUGAAGCGGGAGGACCUUAACCACACUGGUUCCCAUAAGAUCAACAACGCUCUUGGCCAAAUCCUUAUCGCCAAGCGACUGGGUAAGACCCGUAUUAUUGCCGAAACCGGUGCUGGACAACACGGUGUCGCGACUGCUACUGUUUGUGCCAAGUUUGGAAUGGCUUGCACUGUCUACAUGGGUGCCGAGGAUGUGCGCCGCCAGGCACUCAACGUGUUCCGCAUGAAGCUUCUCGGUGCAUCAGUUGUUGCUGUUGACGCCGGUAGCCGCACCCUCCGUGACGCUGUCAACGAGGCUCUUCGUGCCUGGGUUGUUGAGCUUGAUACCACUCACUACAUCAUUGGAUCUGCUAUCGGCCCUCACCCCUUCCCUACCAUUGUCCGUACCUUCCAGUCUGUCAUUGGUCAAGAGACUAAACAGCAAAUGGUUCAAGCUAUUGGCAAGCUCCCUGACGCCGUUGUUGCUUGCGUUGGAGGUGGUAGCAACGCCGUCGGCAUGUUCUACCCCUUCUCCAAGGACACCAGCGUAAAGUUGGUUGGUGUCGAGGCCGGCGGUGAUGGUAUUGAUACUGACCGCCACUCUGCUACACUGUCCGGAGGAUCCAAGGGGGUCCUGCACGGUGUGCGCACCUACGUCCUCCAGAACGAGCAUGGACAGAUCUCCGAAACUCACUCCAUCUCCGCCGGUCUCGACUACCCAGGUGUCGGCCCCGAGCUGAGUGCCUGGAAGGAUUCUGACCGCGCAACUUUCAUUGCGGCCGACGACGCCCAGGCUUUCGACGGUUUCCGUACUCUCUCUCAGACUGAGGGUAUCAUUCCCGCUCUCGAAUCCUCGCACGCCGUCUGGGGUGCCAUGCAACUAGCCAAGACUAUGAAUAAGGACGAGAAUAUCGUUCUUAACCUGAGUGGUCGUGGUGACAAGGAUGUUCAGAGCGUUGCUGAUGAGCUUCCUCGUUUGGGACCCAAGAUUGGCUGGGAUCUACGUUUCUAG